UGGAGUAAAGCUAACAAUUGUUGAAUAUACAUCAAACUUAGAUAAAUGAAUCAUUUUCAAAAGGUUGUACAUCUUGAAACAAUUCGAGAGAAUCAACGGGCACAUGGUCUAGCCACUAUUCUUGCCAUUGGCACUGCAAAUCCUUCCAAUUAUAUUAUGCAGGCAGAUUAUCCUGAUUUCUAUUUCCGUGUUACAAAUAGUGAGCAUAUGGUUAAUCUUAAAAACAAGUUUAAGCGCAUAUGUGACAACACAAUGAUAACGAAGCGAUUCAUGCUCCUCACAGAAGAGUUUCUGAAAGAUAACCCCAACAUGUGCCAGUACACGAGUCCCUCUUUAAAUACUCGCCAAGACUUGUUGAUCACCCAAGUCCCAAAGCUCGGUAAGGUAGCCGCUACGAAAGCCAUCGAGGAGUGGGGACUCCCGAAAUCCAAGAUCACCCAUCUCAUCUUUUGCACCACCUCGGGCAUCGACAUGCCUGGUGCUGACUAUCAGCUCACCAAGUUACUUGGUCUCUCCCCUUCGGUCAACCGGCUCAUGAUGUACCAACAAGGCUGCUCGGGUGGGGGCAUGGUCCUUCGUCUAGCCAAGGACAUUGCUGAAAACAACAAGGGUUCACGCGUCCUUGUUGUCUGCUCAGAGAUCAUGGCUACUAUCUUUCAUGGGCCUAGUGAGAACCACAUUGAUUCUUUAGUUGGCCAAGCACUUUUUGGGGAUGGAGCGGCUGCAAUCAUCGUGGGUUCGGAUCCAGAUUUGGCGGUUGAGCAUCCACUAUUCGAGAUUGUUUCCGCAAGUCAAACUAUUAUACCAGACACUGAGAUGGCGAUAAACUUGCACUUGAGGGAGGAUGGGCUCAAACUACACCUGGACAAGGAUGUGCCCAAGAUGAUCUUUGAGAAUAUAGAGAAUAUAUUAAUGCAAGCGGUUCGUCCACUUGGUCUAAGUGACUGGAAUUCGCUGUUUUGGAUCGUUCAUCCUGGUGGUAGACGCAUACUCGACGAGGUGGAGCUGAAACUCAACCUUGACAAACAGAAGUUGAGGGCCAGUAGACAUGUUCUAAGUGAAUAUGGAAACAUGACUAGUGCUUGUGUGUUGUUCAUCAUUAAUGAGAUGAGAAAUAAAUCUUUGGAGGAUGGAAAAAGUACGACCGGUGAAGGUUUAGAUUGGGGCGUUCUGUUUGGAUUUGGACCGGGUUUGACAGUUGAAACGGUUGUUCUGCAUAGCAAACCCUCUACUGUGCAACAGGUCAAGACGGGACCGGAAGACCUGGCAUGAACCUAAACUCGAAUAGGUAGUUUGAACCACAUCUCAUUUUCAUAAAAUAAAUGUAUAAUGCCGUUUCAAAAAUAGAUAUAUAUAAGGCAGAGUGGUGUAGUAUAAAGUCCGCGCAACAUAAGCAAGAUGCUUUAUCGUUAACUUACACGGUGUGGGAUAACGUCCAUUUAAAACAAAAUAAAAAAAAGAAAAAGGAAAUCAAAAAGAGAAAAAUCUAAUUGGUGAGAAUGAAUGGGCCCCACAU